AUGGCUGCGAUCAAGAAUUGUACCGCUAUAUUCACCGAUCCAGAGGGCAAAUAUCGACUAAGUGUAUCUGAAGCUGAGGAUGCUUUUACCUACUUAUCGCUCUAUACUAACGCCGAGAGCUGUCCUAUGUGUGCUGCUGGUAUUCGCUGGUCUGGAUUUCGUGAAUACAUCUAUGGUACUUCAAUUGACCGUUUGAUUCAGAAGGGCUGGGGGCAGAUCCGAAUCCCAUCUGUAGAUAUCUUUGAAGCUUCUUUCGAUCUAUCAACCUCGACACGGUUGAUGGGCAACGUAUUGGUUAAUGAGACAGAUCCUUAUUUCCUGUGGCAGUUUGAUCCGAGCUAUCCCUGUCCGGAGGGAUGCGAUCGGUCUAGUGAUGGGAUGAGUUGCAAAGCUUCAUAA